CACUCCUUUUUCUUCUUUCCUCUUUCUCCAAACAAAAAGAAAAAAAAAACACACUUUAAUUUCUCAUCAGUCCUUUUUAAUCUCUCUGAUAUAUCAGAGAUUCGUCAGAAUUAACUGCAAUACACACUGCAGUAGUUAAAUAACGGUUUUUUUCCCCAUUUAGCCAUUUUUUCUCAAGUUUUGCAAAAAUGAUCACUUGGCACGAUCUGUAUGUUGUGUUAACAGCAGUUGUUCCUCUUUACGUUGCUAUGAUUUUAGCUUAUGGCUCUGUUCGUUGGUGGAAAAUCUUUUCCCCUGAUCAAUGUUCUGGGAUUAACAGAUUUGUGGCUAUUUUUGCAGUUCCUUUGUUGUCUUUUCACUUCAUAGCCAUGAACAAUCCAUAUGAAAUGAAUUUCCGUUUCAUCGCAGCUGAUUCGUUGCAGAAAGUAAUUAUGUUGGUGGUUCUUUCACUAUGGGCUAAUUUAACUAAAAAUGGUAGCCUUGAAUGGAGUAUUACAAUUUUUUCACUUUCAACACUACCCAAUACAUUGGUUAUGGGUAUUCCUUUGUUAAUUGCUAUGUACGGUGAGUACUCUGGCAGUCUCAUGGUACAAGUAGUCGUCUUGCAAUGUAUAAUUUGGUACACCCUUUUGCUUUUCUUGUUCGAGUAUCGCGGGGCGAAAAUGCUUAUAAUGGAACAAUUCCCAGAAACGGCUGCUUCUAUUGUUUCGUUUAAAGUGGAAUCUGAUGUUGUUUCUCUUGAUGGACAUGAUUUUCUUGAAACUGAUGCUGAAAUUGGCCAAGAUGGUAAACUUCAUGUUACUGUAAGGAAAUCAAAUGCGUCUCGGAGGUCGUUUGCUAUGGACCAUCGACCAUCGAAUCUCACCGGAGCUGAGAUUUACAGUCUCAGUUCGUCGAGGAAUCCGACUCCGAGAGGAUCUAAUUUUAACCACAAUGAUUUUUACUCUAUGAUGGGUUUUCCGGGAGGAAGAUUAUCUAAUUUCGGUCCUGCAGAUAUGUACUCUGUACAAUCAUCUCGGGGUCCGACUCCGAGACCAUCUAAUUUCGAAGAAAACUGUGCUCCGGGAGGUCUAGUUCAGAGCUCCCCGAGGUUUGGGUAUUUCGCGACGCAACAGCCAGCGCCGGGAUCUUAUCCUGCCCCGAACCCCGAAAUUACUUCUACAGUGCCUAAAAAUACAAAACCUCAGCAACCAAAUGUACAAGCACAGAAGCAGGAAGUACAACAACAGCAGCAGCAGCAGCAGCCGCCAAAUGCUAAAGGCAAUAAUCAUGAUGCUAAGGAACUUCACAUGUUUGUAUGGAGCUCAAGUAAUUCUCCGGUGUCGGAAACCGGCGGCCUCCAUGUGUUCGGCGGCAAUGAUUUCAGUGCUAACGAACAAUCGGGUCGAUCCGAUGGAGCUAAAGAAAUUCGUAUGUUGGUUUCUGAUCAUCCUCAAAAUGGAGAUACUAAAGCCAUUUCUCAAACAGGGGAAUUUGGUGGGGAGGAUUUCACCUUUGGAGGUGCGAAUGGUGGUGGAAAAGAUGGAGACGAAGAAAAAGGCGAAAAAGAGGGUCCUGCUGGACUGACUAAAUUGGGGUCUAGCUUCACAUCGGAGCUACACCCCAAACCUACUGAAGGACAAGAUGCUGGUAUUGGUAAACAGAUGCCUCCGGCGAGUGUUAUGACCCGUUUGAUCUUAAUCAUGGUUUGGCGUAAGCUUAUACGUAAUCCAAACACCUAUUCGAGCCUCAUUGGUCUGAUUUGGUCUCUAAUCUCGUUUAGGUGGCAUGUGCAUAUGCCCAAAAUUAUAGAGAAGUCAAUCUCCAUUCUCUCUGACGCUGGCCUUGGAAUGGCUAUGUUUAGCUUGGGUUUGUUUAUGGCUCUUCAACCAAAGAUCAUUGCAUGUGGUAACACAGUGGCUACAUUUGCAAUGGCUGUGAGGUUUCUGACUGGCCCAGCAGUUAUGGCUGCUGCUUCAAUUGCCGUUGGCCUUCGUGGUACCCUUCUUCAUGUAGCCAUUGUACAGGCUGCAUUGCCACAAGGGAUUGUCCCAUUUGUGUUUGCUAAGGAGUACAACGUUCAUCCAGCCAUUCUUAGCACUGCGGUUAUUUUCGGGAUGUUGAUAGCGCUGCCAAUCACAUUAGUGUACUACAUCAUCCUUGGAUUAUAAGAAUAUAUAUCAAGUGAAGAGAAAGGAAAAGAUAUGGGAAGCAAUGGCUUAAUUCAUGGGGAUGAGAAUUAAUUAAAAUUACCCAUGAAAAUUCCCAGAUAUUUGGAGCAUAGGACAAGAAAUUUGACUCAAAAUUAGUUUUUGAGUCCUCCAUUUGAAGAACACACAUUCAAAAUGUUGCAAAUUUAGAAAAAGAGGAGACAAGAUGGAGCAAAACACGGAAGCAAAAGGGAUGAUUAUAAUUUAUAGUCUAUUUUCUUCCCCAUAAUCAUUACGCGUGUGAAGUAUCAAUUUGAAGAAAAAAUAAAUACAAAAUUGUCAAUUAGUAGAAAUUCAAAUUGAUUUUGACUUUUGAAUGUUAGAUUGUAGUUCUACUUUUUAGUUCAACUUUUUUUUUUUGGGUUAAAUUAACCACUCCUGUCGUGUGUAUUUAUUUACUCAGGUUAUUAUUGUAAUAGUUUGGUUUGCUAGUUGUUUACUUCUAUUGUAAUUACUUAUGGUACAAAAGAUUUCAUGUCGGUACGAAUUCGAGUCGUGAAAUCUAUUUACAAUGUUAAAAUAGAUUGUCGAUA